CAUUAUUUAUUUUAUUAAUUAAAUUUGAAAUAAUUAAAAAUUAGAAAAAGGAAAUUAGAUCAGAGGGUCCAUCGAUGAGAAAUAACCGAAAAAAAUUAACAAUUUUAUUUUAUUUUUUCUCGUCUUCCCUCAUGGAUUAAUUGAUUUGGAGAGAAAAAGGAAGAGAAAAUCAAGAAAACCCAGAAGGCUAACUGGGUGAGUCAUUCAUUAAUUGAUUGAAAGAGAUUCAAUUUUGAGUGUAAAGUUUGAAUUUUUAUUGCAAUUAUUAAUAUUAUUAUUGGCGAGAGAGAGUGGCGGAGAGGCGGAGUUGUGGAGUUGUGGAGUUGUUUGUUUAAAAACUCAAUGCGGUCUUUGAGAAAAAGACCAAAUUUGAGGGAGACCUAGAAGGCGACUUUCGGGGAAAGAUCAAGAUCUGAUGGUGGGUUGUGUGAGUCUGAGUUAUUGUUGUUGGUGUCGAGGUUAUUUGGAUUGCUUAAAUUGUGUUAGAGAAGAGGCUGUUGGUGGUUGUUGUUGUGGUGGUGGUGGCGGUGUGGUGGUGAGGCUGCAUAGACAAGGAUGCAGCUUCACUUUUCGCCUAGCAUGAGAAGCAUCACAAUAUUAUCAAGUAGCAGUAACGGUGUUAAUGGCAAUGGAGGAGGUUUCAUUGACUUUAUGAAGAUCAAGGUCGCAUCUCGUCACAUCUCAUAUAGGACCCUUUUUCAUGCAAUUCUUAUUCUUGCUUUCUUGUUGCCCUUUGUCUUCAUUCUUACCGCUCUUGUUACUUUAGAAGGUGUCAACAAGUGCUCCUCUUUUGAUUGUUUGGGCAGACGGUUAGGACCAAGGUUUCUCGGUCGGGUUGAUGAUUCAGAGAAAUUGGUUAAUGAGUUCUACAAGAUUCUUAAUCAAGUUAACGCCGAGGAAAUCCCAAAUGAUGUAAAGCUUCCAGAUUCUUUUAGUCAACUUGUUUCUGACAUGAAGACCAGUCAGUAUGAUGCUAGGACAUUUGCUAUCAUGUUGAGAGCAAUGAUGGAGAAAUUUGAAAGAGAAAUCAGGGAAUCUAAAUUUGCAGAACUGAUGAACAAGCACUUUGCUGCAAGUUCUAUUCCUAAAGGCAUCCACUGUCUUUCUCUGCGUUUGACUGAUGAAUAUUCCUCUAAUGCUCAUGCACGCAAACAAUUGCCUCCCCCGGAGCUCCUUCCUUUGCUUUCUGACAACUCUUACCACCACUUCGUCUUGUCAACUGAUAAUAUUUUGGCUGCUUCAGUUGUUGUUGCUUCUGCAGUGCAGUCAUCUCUAAAACCUGAAAAGAUAGUGUUCCACAUAAUCACAGACAAGAAAACUUAUGCGGGUAUGCACUCUUGGUUUGCACUAAACCCUGUCUCCCCUGCUAUUGUUGAAGUGAGAGGUGUUCACCAGUUUGAUUGGUUAACAAGAGAGAAUGUUCCAGUUCUUGAGGCUGUUGAGAACCAUUAUGGAAUCAGGAAUUACUACCAUGGGAAUCACAUUGCUGGAGCCAAUCUCAGUGAUACCACUCCUCGACAUUUUGCUUCAAAAUUACAGGCUAGAAGCCCAAAGUACAUAUCUAUACUGAACCAUCUCCGCAUAUAUUUACCAGAGCUCUUUCCACACCUCGACAAAGUGGUCUUUGUAGAUGAUGAUAUUGUAAUCCAGCGUGAUUUGUCUCCUCUUUGGGAAAUUGAUCUUAAGGGCAAGGUUAAUGGAGCUGUGGAAACUUGUAGAGGCGAAGAUGAGUGGGUAAUGUCUAAGCGCUUUAGAAACUACUUCAAUUUUUCACAUCCCCUUGUAGCAAAGAAUUUGGACCCUGAGGAAUGUGCGUGGGCUUAUGGGAUGAAUAUCUUUGAUCUUCGUGCAUGGAGGAAAACGAAUAUAAGAGAAACUUACCAUUUCUGGCUGAAAGAGAACCUGAAAUCAAAUCUGACAAUGUGGAAGCUUGGAACCCUACCACCUGCUUUGAUUGCAUUUAAAGGUCAUGUUCACCCGAUUGACCCAUCAUGGCACAUGCUUGGCUUGGGCUAUCAGAAUAAGACCAAUAUCGAAAGUGUGAAGAAGGCUGCAGUUAUCCACUACAAUGGCCAGUCAAAACCAUGGCUACAGAUUGGCUUUGAGCAUCUCCGCCCAUUUUGGAGCAAGUAUGUCAACUACUCCAAUGAUUUUGUGAGGAACUGCCACAUCUUGGAGACGUAACCAAUCAACUAGUGGAGCUAGGAACAAGAGAUAGAAGGGGAAAAGACAUUACUGAUAUGGGUUUAAAUACAUUUUUUUGUCUCAUUCUUUCAAGGUUAUAAAUGAGAAGUCAGGUUGAAAAAAUUGGCUGAAAGUGGCAAUACCUUCCAGGUUCAGAUAUUGCAGUCACCCCAUACUAUUGCAGGACUGGACGUGCGUCGCUAGACGGAUAUUGAGUUUCAUUCUUUGAUUCUGUAUUAUACAAAUCCGUGGUUAAUUCUUUGCUUGGGAAAGGGAUACUGUUACCGGUAUUCCUGCUAGGGAUCUUGCUUGGUUACUUGGCCCAUAAUUUGGAAUAAAACUGAAAUACACAAUACACUGCUUAUGUUGAUGUCUUCAUAUUGAUUGAUCGAUGAUGGGAUGAGGAACGCUAGGAAAGGUUUUCAGUUAUGCUCCCCCAUGAAGUCCAUAAACAUUUUUUCUCCCUUUAUUAUUUUUACUAUUUUUUUGGUUACUGGUGCUGUAUUUUUUGUUAGUACCUCCCAUUUGAUUUUUGGUAUCAUGGUGAAUUCUAGGAGUAGGUCAUGGAAGAUUGCUUUGUUUCAGGUCCCAUUCAAUUGGGGAACUGUUAUUAGGUUACAUUACAUACUGGUAUUUGUUAUGUACUAUUCCUGAUACACAUUUCAAAUGUGCAGAUAAUUCAUUUUCUU